AAAAAAGUAUAUAGAUUAUCUGCCAUACGUCUUUAUCCAUUUGAUUCUUGACCAGAAGGCAAAAUUUCGCGGAAGAUAAACCCUAGAUUCUCUUCGUUUUUCUUCAACCUGGGAAUCAACUUAAGGUGUUCGAUUCCGAUCGGAGACCCGUUUGAUUUCAUCGAUUAGGAAUACCUGUAACAUGAUGCACUCUUGUUGAAGAAUCUGGGAAACUGAUAAAAGUGAUGGAGAACAGAGGUCAGAAGCGCAUGGAAGUGGUGGAAGAUCUACCUGCUGAUAAGAGAGCUUGUAGUUCCUUGGAGUUCAGGCCGAGUGCAUCUGGCUCAUCGGUUCAGGCUCAAGCCAAUGGCACAAGUUCAGGAAAUGAAAACCAUGAGGCUGAUAUGGAUACAUCUUCAUCUGUUUCACCUUCCAGCCGAUCAGACGGAGAUCCGGAGAAGGAUUCGGAAUAUGGGUCUUGUGAUUCUGAUGAUGCAGAACCAAGACAGAGGGUUCUUCAGGAGUAUCAGAGAAGUAGAUCAUCUGGUGAUCAAGGGAAAUUGAAGUCUCUCUUAUUGAGUUUGAGUGAAGGAACCGACCCGUCAGCUCAGUUAAGUGCACUUACAGAGUUAUGUGAAGUGUUGUCAUUUUGUACUGAAGACUCUCUCUCCAGCAUGAUGGCAGACAUGCUUUCCCCGGUGCUUGUGAAGUUAGCUAAGCAUGAGAGCAAUGCAGAUAUCAUGCUGUUGGCGAUUAGAGCUAUAACUUACUUGUGUGAUGUUUUUCCGCGGUCAACAUCUUUUCUCGUAAGACAUGAAGCUGUUCCUGCUCUCUGCCAAAGACUAAUGACUAUUGAAUAUCUGGAUGUUGCCGAGCAGUGUUUGCAAGCACUGGAGAAAAUUUCAAGGGAUCAGCCACUAGCAUGCUUAAACGCUGGAGCCAUCAUGGCUGUACUUUCUUUUAUUGAUUUCUUCUCGACAAGUGUACAGAGAGUUGCAGUUUCUACGGUGGUGAAUAUAUGUAGGAAGCUUCCUUCUGAGUCCCCUUCUCCUUUCAUGGAUGCUGUUCCAAUAUUGUGCAAUCUUCUUCGAUAUGAAGAUCGACAGUUGGUUGAGAGUGUAGCUAUUUGUUUGACAAAAAUAGCAGAGCAAGUCAGUCAAUCACCAGCUAUGUUGGAUGAACUAUGUAGGCAUGGACUAAUUCAUCAGUCCACACAUCUUUUGAACUCGAAUAGCCGCACUACCCUAUCCCAACCUGUUUACAAUGGUUUGAUCGGAUUGCUCAGAAAGCUUUCUUCUGGUUCAGUUGUAGCUUUCAGAACUUUAUAUGAGCUAAACAUUGGCUGCAAACUUAAAGAGAUUCUGUCUACUUAUGACAUUUCUCACACAAUUUCUUCUCCACUUCUCAGCAAUGCAUGUUCGAAUCAGGUGCAUGAAGUUUUGAAGUUGGUGAGUGAGCUUCUUCCUGCUUCACCUGUAGAGAAGGAUAAUCAGCUGGAACAGGAUAAAGAGACUUUCUUAGUCAAUCAGCCUGAUCUUUUACAAAAAUUUGGAACAGACAUGCUUCCUGUUAUGAUUCAGGUGCUUAACUCUGGUGCCAACCUAUAUGUUUCCUUCGGUUGCCUAUCUGCGAUUCACAAGCUGAUUUGCUUGAGCAACUCGGACAUUCUGGUUGGAUUGCUGAAGGAUGGCAACCUUUCAAGUGUUUUGGCCGGUGUUUUUUCGCGGAAGGAUCAUCAUGUGGUCAUAGUAGCUCUGCAGAUUGUUGAAGUGCUUCUUGAGAAAUACAGAGAUGAUUUUUUGAACUCCUUCAUAAAAGAGGGCGUCUUUUUUGCAAUUGAAGCACUCACUACUUCAGAAAAAGGGCAACGGUACGCAGUAUCUGGUUUCAUUCAAGGCACAGCCGACCCUUCGCAAAAGCCUUUUACACGGGAGGUUUUAAGAUGCUUGUGUCAGAUUUUCGGAAAAUCCCUUUCUUCUACACAAGCCUGUAAGAUCGAAAAGGAUUCCGUCUACAUUCUUGCAAAGCAUAUUAAAGAGUGUUUCUUUGGACCUGAUGUUUUCGACUCUGAGAAAGGUUUGACAGAUGUUCUCCACAGUCUCAAGAACUUAUCAGUGGCGCUUAGUGAUUUGAUGACCAUGCCCGUUGAUUCCCACAGUCUGCAUGGUGAGCAAUUUUAUUCCAUAUGUCAUCAAAUUAUGGGAAGGCUGAGUGGAAGGGAAUCUGUGUCCACUUUUGAGUUUAUUGAGAGUGGGGUUGUGAAGUCUUUGGUAAACUACCUGUCUAAUGGUCUGAAUAGGAGGGAACUCGGCAAAGAUAAUGCUGUGUGUGAUAGUUUACUAUUCAUUGGUGAGAGAUUUGCGGUGUUCGCAAGAUUGCUCUGGUCUGAUGGGGAGUCAACUCCAUCCAUGUUAAUAAGUAAGCUACAGAAUUCUCUAUCUUCUUUGGAAAACUUCCCGGUUAUCUUAAGCCAGUUUUGGAGGCAAAGGAACUCAUUCGCGACUGUUCCAAAUGGACGUUGCACAAAUCAUCCAUGUCUGAGAGUUCGCUUCCUGAAAGCAGAAGGAGAGGCUUGUCUACGUGAUUACUCCCAAGACUUCAUCACUGUUGACCCAUUUUGCUCCUUGGACGCUAUUGAGUGUUACCUGUGGCCUAAAGUUAAUACAGAGCGCACAGAUUCUGCAGAAGGGAAGGAUCAAACUACAGAAUGUCAGUCUCCUCCUCGUCUACAAUCAACUUCAAAUUAUAGUCCAGGUGAAAAUUCGGGUCAUAUGGAAACUAAGAGUGUGGCCCCCAAUGCCCCUGAGGCUCAGGGUUCUCAAGAGGAAGACAGGCCAAGCGGUGGUUCGGGAAAUCCAGAUUCUGUCACCUCUGGUGGGGAAGAAGAUGCUUCGCCAAAACUUUUGUUUUUCCUGGAAGGGCAUCAAAUGGACCGAUCUCUGACUGUAUACCAGGCAAUCCUCUGGCAGAAAUUAAAAGCAGAGGAAGAGACCAUGAAUGGUUCAAAAAAUUGGACUGAAAUACACAACAUCACUUACAAAAGUGCUUCAAAACUUGGGGAUUUUCCUAAGUCUCUCACUUCGCCAGGAUCAGUCGGGGAUGAUGUUAAUAAGUAUGAUGAAUACUCUCCGUUUUUAUCUUACCUAUUCACUCACAGACUUGCGGCGCGUUUUGACAAGACAAGUCCAACAUAUGAUAUAUUGUUUCUUCUUAAGUGUUUGGAGGGCAUGAACAGAUUCCUGUUUCAUUUGAUGUCUUUUGAGAGGAUACUUGCUUUUGCUGAAAGUAGGCUUGACAAUUUGGAGGAUGUAAGGGUACAAGUUCAUCCAGUUCCACAUGCUGAAUUUGUUUGCAGUAAGCUUACAGAAAAACUGGAGCAGCAGCUGCGUGAUUCUGUUGCUGUCUCCAUUGGUGGUCUACCAUCAUGGUUUAAUGAUCUGGUGGCAUCAUGUCCAUUCCUAUUUAGUUUCGAAGUAAAAACUAAAUACUUCCGACUGGCAGCAUUUGCCAUGCAGCAGGUUCAUCAUCAUCAUCAUCAUCCACAUCACCCUAAUGGUUCCAAUAGUCAUGGUGAAGGGCGCCUAGGGACAGGCAGUUUGCCACGUAAAAAGUUUUUAGCUUCCCGGGAACAGAUUUUAGAGUCUGCUGCAAAAAUGAUGGAAUUACAUGGCCAUCAAAAGGUGGUCAUCGAGGUGGAAUAUAAUGAAGAAGUUGGAACUGGUCUUGGGCCAACACUAGAGUUCUAUACCCUGGUUAGUAGAGCAUUUCAAAAGCAAGGUCUUGGCAUGUGGAGGGGUGAUCAUAGCUCCUUUGGUGGAGAGAUAACUAAGGACUCUGGAGUUGUGUUGUCUGCAUCAGGACUCUUUCCUCGUCCUUGGUCAGGCAAUUAUCCCGAUGUGCUCCAGAAUUUUGUCCUCUUGGGGAACGUGGUAGCUAAGGCUCUUCAAGAUGGACGAGUCUUAGACCUGCCUUUCUCCAAAGCCUUCUAUAAACUGAUCAUUGGACAGGAGCUGAGUUUAUAUGAUAUCCACUCAUUUGACCCCGAGCUCUGUAAAACGCUGCUGGAAUUGGAAGCUCUAGUGUGUAGGAGGAGAUUACAGGAAACAGCAAAUAACAAUUGUGGAGCAACCAAACUUGAUGUAUGGUUCCGGGGCACCAGAAUUGAAGAUCUUUGCCUUGAAUUUGCACUGCCUGGUUACCCUGAUUACAAUCUUGCUCCCAGUUCUGAUACUGACAUGGUAAAUUUGAGUAACCUUGAAGAUUAUAUCGAGGCCGUGGUCAAUGCCUCAGUACACACUGGGAUCCAAAAACAAGUGGAAGCAUUUAGAACCGGGUUUAACCAAGUUUUCCCUAUUGAACAUCUCCGGAUAUUUAAUGAGGAUGAACUAGAACUUCUGCUGUGUGGGGAACGUGAUAUCUGGAAUAUGAAUGAAGUUUUGGAUCACAUCAAGUUUGACCACGGAUACACCGCGAGCAGCCCGCCAGUUCAACAUCUGCUGGAGAUUCUACAGGAGUUUGACAAGGAUCAGAGGCGAGCCUUUCUGCAAUUUGUAACGGGGGCACCUAGGCUUCCUCCUGGGGGUUUGGCAUCUCUUAAUCCAAAACUAACGAUUGUCCGGAAGCACUGCAGCAACUCUGUGGAAACUGACCUGCCAAGCGUGAUGACAUGUGCCAAUUAUCUGAAGCUUCCCCCAUACUCUUCCAAAGAGAAGAUGAAAGAGAAGCUCAUAUAUGCGAUAACUGAAGGUCAAGGGUCCUUCCAUCUGUCGUAGCUUGACAGAUUUGAUGAAAGUCUGUAAAUUAGUAGGAGUAGGACGAGGAGGUGGACUUUGGUUGGUUUGUACAGUUGUGAAGAGAGGGCGGAUUGUUGGAAGUACAAGAGGAAGCUCUUCUCCACUUAAAAGAAAGAAAUGGGUUUAGGAGUUUGUACAUAAAGAAAGACUUGGUAGAAAAAAGAACUCUUGGCUGAUGGAAAGCUGUGUACAGGGGAAGUUCCAAACAGUUUCUAUGCAAUUAACUGGUACACUCUCUCUCUC